AUGAGCAUUGAUGUGUUUGGACAUCCCUUGUCACGGCCUCUUGCAAGUCGUGGACUUCCUGGACCUUCUGGAAUUGGUUUUAAAAUUACUCCAAGUGGACAAUACGACAUUGAUAACAAAAGACUUUGCAACGUUCAAGACGCUGAAGACUUACAAGGCAAUUAUAAAUGGAUUAAUCUUUUACCAACUCUCAUGUCAAAGUACAAUAAUAAAAAGCAUCGUACUAUUGGUAUGAAACCCAAAGAUGUCACCGUAGAAGAUACAAGAGAACUGUUGAGACGUAUCCGUAAACUACGUAGAAUUCCGUUGAAAAGAUCAAAAUUCAAAGUUGCAGACAGAGUUCGAGUUAGCAAAUUUAAAAAUAUCUUUGAAAAAGGAUAUACUCCCAACUGGAAAACGGAAAUAUUCACUGUGGAAAAAGUUAAAUCAACAAAACCAGUUACAUACAAGCUGAAAGAUUAUCAAAAUCAACCCAUCGAAGGUGGUUUCUAUGAAGAAGAAUUGCUGAAAGUCCAAUAUCCAGAUGUUUACCUCAUAGAAAAAGUUCUCAAGACUCGUGGUAAUGAUGUAUAUGUGAAAUGGCUUGGAUUCGAUAGCUCACAUAAUAGUUGGAUAAAAAAAUCUGAUAUGUAA